AAGGCGAGAAUUUAGUGUCCACUGUCAUUAAUCUCAGUAAAGUGAUAUCCUGUGAUAUAAGCGAGAACCAAAUACAUCAUGUUACUAGAAUUGCAAAACGCGACACAAAUAGCAAACGCCCGAAGUCUAUCGUUGUUCAGUUCAACUCUCCACGCACUCGAGAUACUUUUCUGGCAGCUUCAAUUAUGUAUAACAAAGCUAAUCCAAAUGAGAAAUUAAAUAGUAAUCUACUUGGCAUAGGAGGUGCCAAGGAGAAUGUCUAUGUUGUCGAGCACUUAUCUCCGACGAAUAAAUAUUUACAUGCUGCAGCCCGAAAGAAAGCAAAAGAAUUGAACUAUAAGUUUGUUUGGGUUCGCAGGGGUAGAAUUUUCAUGAGAAAGUCAGAAACCAGCGACUAUAAAUAUAUUAGAGACCUCGAAACUUUAGAUAGUCUUAGUUAGGCACCUUUAGUUAUAGUUGUUUUAUUUUUGUAUGCAAUGGUUUAUUAUUCUCUUAAAUUCACACGGUUAAAGAUAUACUACCAAAAUGUCAGAGGUAUUAGAACAAAAUUGAAAGAUGUUUAUUGUCAGAUAGCUUGUUGCGAUUACGAUGUGAUUGUAUUUACGGAAACAUGGCUUUUGAAUGGCAUAUAUGACUCAGAGAUCACAGAUGACCGAUAUGUUCUGUAUAGGCGUGACAGAAGUAAACGUAUUUUCAAUAGCAAAGACAGUGGCGGCGGUGUUUUGAUAGGUAUUUCUAGAAAAUACAAAUCGUAUAGAGUCCUAGAUUAUGAAAGCUCUUGUGAUGAUCUCUGGGUCAAAUUGCUUUUGCCGUCAUGCAACGGGAUUCAGGAGAUUUCAAUAUGUGGAGUUUAUUUGCCUUCUCCAAUUAAGGUUAAUAUAUUGGAUCAUUUCAUUAGUAACGCUAACAGAGUAUUGGAAGAGGUGGCGGAAUGUCUAAUUCUAGGCGAUUUUAAUAUAAAUACUAUCAACUGGAUUUACAAUAAUGACAGUAUAGUUAAUUCACGCCUAUGUGCUAAUUCUAAAGUUGAACAAUCAUUGUGGGAUUUCAUAACGUUAAACGACCUUAGGCAACAUAAUGACUUGUUAAAUCAUAAUAAGAGAAUCCUCGAUCUGGUGUUAUCGAAUAUGGAUAAUAUUAACAUAAGCAAGCCCAGCCACGUGCUAUCCAAAAUUGAUCUUCACCAUCCACCUGUACAAGUUUCGCUUACCUUUUCUAAGAAAGUCGUUAAUAUACCAAUUACCACUCAUACAAAAUUAAAUUAUUUUAAAGCUGAUUAUAAUUCAAUUUGCACAGCGCUUCAAGAAAUUGAGUGGCAUUGGGAAUUCUCUUCAUGCGUCUCAGUCGAUGCCAUGGUUGAGAAAUUCUACUAUAUAAUACGUGAACUAAUACACAAACAUGUACCACGAAAGAUCGUAAAAAAUAAUAAGUAUCCAUAUUGGUUCUCAAAACAACUAAUAAAAAGAUUGAAUGAAAAGAAUCGAUUGAGGUUGAGAGUUAAAAAAUAUAAUAACCCGAUGGAUAUGAUCUCAUUAAAUCUACUUAAAAAACGGUGUAGCAGAAUGUCAGUUGCUUGUUUUAAUUCAUAUACAGCGUCCCUUGAAAAUAAGAUUGUUACUAAUCCUAAACUUUUUUGGAGCUAUAUCAAACAGAAAAGAGGUGGCUCUAGCAAUUAUCCUCGUGCUAUGUCGAAUGGAGUUGAAGUAUCUGAAAAUAUUGAAACCAUCAGCGAUUACUUUGCUUCCCAUUUCUCCAGUGUCUAUGAUAAUUCUUUUAACAUCGUCCCCUCAACACAUCCAGGGUCUGUCGAUCGACAAAAUAUAACUCCAUUAAAUACUGUAACUUUAACAGAAACACAAAUUAAGGAAGUGUUGCAUAAACUUAAUAUAAAUAAAGGAGCAGGCCCUGAUCUAAUUCCACCCAUUUUUGUUUGCAAAACGGCUAAUGAGAUAUCACUCCCUUUAAUGUUAAUAUAUAACAAAUCUUUACAGGCAGGAGUUUUCCCAUCGGUUUGGAAGGAUUCUAAUAUUGUCCCCGUAUUUAAAUGUAAUGAUAAAUCAAUUGUAUCUAACUAUAGGCCAAUAGCUAUUUUGUCUGUUCUUGCAAAGGUUUUUGAGGCUCUGAUUUGUCCUAUUUUGUCUUGGCAUCUGAAACAGUAUUUGUCGAACAACCAACAUGGAUUUAUGAAGGGGAGAUCUACGGCUUCUAACUUAGUAUCAUAUGUUGAAUCACUUGUUGGGGCCGUUGAUUCUCGCGUACAGGUGGAUGCGGUAUAUACAGACUUCAGCAAAGCUUUUGAUACAGUAAAUCAUAGUAUAUUGUUGGAAAAACUACAAUUAUAUGGAGUUACAGGACCUCUGCUAGGGUGGUUUGCAUCAUAUCUGACUGAUAGAGAGAUGAAAGUUGUAUUGAACGGUAUUUGCUCAAGUCCUUAUGCUGCAUCGUCUGGAAUCCCGCAAGGAUCCCAUUUGGGGCCCUAUCUCUUCACAUUAUUUAUGAAUGAUAUUGAACAGUGUUUCCAAAACUCUGAAGCACACUUAUUUGCUGAUGACCUUAAAGCUAUUAAAAUGAUCAGGAAUCAGGAGGACAUCUUGCUGUUUCAAAGUGAUCUGGAUAGGCUUGCAGAUUGGUGUGACCAAAACAAAAUGUCUUUAAAUAUAAAAAAAUGCAAGCAUAUCAGAUUCACCAGAAACAGAGGGAUCGUCAAUUCUAGAUAUAGUAUAUAUAAUGAACUGCUUGAAGAAGUUCAUGUAAUUAAAGACCUAGGCAUUCAGAUGGAUCCAAAACUUAAAUUUGAUUUACAUAUAAAUGACUGUGUACUAAAAGCAUCAAAGAUGCUUGGGUUUGUGCUAAGGGAGAGUGGGAAUUUUAAAAAACCAGCCACAAAAAUAAUAUUGUACAACUCAUUAGUAAGGAGUCACUUGGAGUAUUGCAGUGUAGUUUGGUCACCCAGUUACAGAAUACAUAUAGACCGCAUUGAAAAAGUACAAAAAAGGUUUCUGUGGCACUUGACUCGUAGCUGUAAUAUGACCAGGACGCUCAAGUCAUAUGAAGAAAGACUGUCUCAUUUUAAGAUCCCAUCAUUGGAAACGAGAAGGAAAAUUAUUGAUUUAUUGUUCUUAAAGAAAUUGGUGACUGGAUUUUUGGACUGUCCCGAUCUUCUUAGUAGGAUAAAUUUUAAUGUACCGCAUCGGUUGCCUAUAUCCUGUAAUAGCAAAUUAUUUCUUGCACCUCAAGGUCGAACUAAUUUAAGAUCACAUUGUUCCUUAACAAGAAUGUUUGCAUUAUAUAAAGAAUACCAAAGCAGAAUAGAUCUAUUCUCAACCUCGAUGGCUGUCAUCAAAAAAGUAGUUAUCGGCGAUUAAGGCUAAGUUGUAAUGGAAGUUUCUUAAUUAUUAAUUUAAAUUAAAAUUUUAUUGGAGUUAAAUUGUACCUAUGUACUGUUGUACAAUCAACGUAAAGUCUCUUUUUUAUGAAUGUGGUGCCCUCCUAUAAGUAAUGGGACAUUUAGUUUUAAUAAUUGUGAUGCCAUUCCAUAUGUAUGUAACAGUGUACUCAUUGUUGUGAGAGCCU